AUGGUCACCACCAAGAUGUGCAAGCUGCCGAGCGCUGACUGGCUGUUCCUCUUCGUGGUGGAGCUGGGAUGGACAUUGGCACUGAUCCCUCCUUCCCCCAUGGGCCUCUCUGCCUGGUGCUACGACUCCAUCUUCAGCUUCGAGUGCCAGACCUUCUUCGGCAGAUCCCUCUUCUUCGUGGGCGAACUCGGGGUCAACGACUACCACUUCUCUUUCCUCACUAAGAGCGUGCAAGAGAUCAUACAAAAAAUCCCAGAUGUCAUCAGGACCAUCUCAACGGCCAUCGAGAGGCUGAUCAAGCACGGGGCGACAAAUUUCGUGGUUCCGAGGACAAUCCCAUCGGGAUGCGCACCGCCGGUUCUCGCCUUGUUCCCCGAUGCCGCCCCGGCAGAAUACAACUCCACCACCGGUUGCCUGGAAGAUAUCAAUAAGCUAGGGAUGCACCACAACCUGCUGCUGCAGGAGGCCCUCAAGAAGCUCCGGGGCAGGCACCCAGGCGGCAUGAUCGUUUACGCAGACCUCUUCGGUCCAAUCAUGGACAUGGUGGAGUUGCCUCGCAAGUAUGGGUUUGAAGAUGUUCUUACCAUCUGUUGCGGAGGGCCUGGGACACUUUUCUGCGGUGAUGAAGGUGCAAACCUAUGUGAGAAACCGGCUGCUUGUCUGUUCUGGGACGGCGUCCACUUGACGGAGGCGGCUUACCACUACAUCGCCGAUGUCUGGCUGGACAGCAUGGACUCCCCUGCAAUAUAG